AUGGAAGAAGAGAUACCACAGAGAGAUCCGUCGCAGAAGGUUCUCCCAUGGGACAGAGUGGAAGGGUACAUUCCUAUCAAGAGUUUCAGUGGGUACGAGGUGAAGUUGUCCGGUUGGAUUCGGCAUGAUGUGCGGGAGCAGAGGGAGCGGGGAACUGAGAUCCCGGAAAACAAGAAACCUGAGCAGGAGAAGAAAUUAGAAACAGACGCUCACGCAUCAACCACUACAGCUGAAACAUCAAAUGCACCAGUGGAUGACCUUGUUGGGGCAUCAACUGAGACGAAUUUGAUAACCAAUGAAUCAGUACAACAAAACGGUACUGCCCCAAGCUUGCAAUGA